AUCUAAUGCAGAAGUGCGACGUUCGAUUCGCAGCGGUCGCAAGAUUGGGAAACACGACUUCACCAUUUCGAUCGGUGCAAGCUUCCACUUCCUCAGUUUGAGAUUUUCUGUCAUCACUUCAUUUCAAGAUUCAAACGUACUCGAAUUACUCAAAUGACAACGCAAGCUUCCUCUUCUUCACGCGCUCUCAAUGCCGUAUUACCUUUGAUCGCAUCUGGACAGCCGUACGAGGCACACCAGAAAGCGAGAACGUUUGCUGCGAGAUACGUGAAGUCGCAUCAGUACGACACCGCGAUCGACGUUCUUUUCCGGUCUGCGAAGGAAUUGCUUAAAGCAGGACAACAGGGGAGUGGUACCGAUCUCACAAGUUUCUUGUUGGAGGUCUAUGAAGCCAAAGGCGAGCCGGUGAAUGAUGAAAGCAGAGGACGCUUAACACAACUGAUUGCUUUGAUUGGAUCGUCUGGCUCAUGGCGAAAGACCAUCGUAGACAAGGCAAUUGCUUGGUCAGCCAAACACGGCCCGUGUCCUUCUGGUGACCCUGGUUUGCAGCAUUACAUCGGAGAACUACUUUAUAAGGAGGGCGCCUUUGAGCAGGCCGAGCCGCAUCUAUUAGCUGCUGGAAAGCGCGACAGCGCUCGCCUCCUCGCAGAUAUGUUCGUCGAAUGGUCUUCGCAAGGUGGAACGCCAGGUGCUUUCGCGCUGCGGGGCGUAUUACCAUAUCUCCAAAACGGAAAUAUACUUGCAGCUCGCACCUUCCUGAAUCAUUUCCUCGCCCAAAUUACAUCAAAGCAUCCUGAGCUUGUUUCAUCAGUCCAGAGCUCACCGAUAUCCGUCGGGAAGCCGCAAAACGGGGGAAAUGACGAGAUCAUCCUGACAAAAGACCCCGUGUUGAACUUUGCUCAGCUGGCAGUACGAACUUGUCAACGAGCGCAGGGAGAUAAGAACAAAGGGAUGCGGGAAGCUUGGGUUCGUCUCUGUGGAACUUACCAGAGCAGGGGCGGGAUCUUGGCCAGACCCGAAGUGCGGAAGGUAUUGGCAGAGCUCGCCGAAUUAUAUUUUGCCAUCCCUCCGCCUCGCGCACAGCAGGCGAAUCCAUUAGGAGACAUGUUGUCUGCAAUGUUCGGAGGCGCCGGACCCGCUCCUGCAGCCCCAAGAAGGGUAUUGACGCCUGCUUCCAGCAGCAGCACGCCAGGUUUGGACUGAGUGUUGUGUUGACAUAUUACACCGGUUGGGUCAUGAUGCGGAAAGUUUUCCUUGGACAGUUUUGGAGACGGAUCAAGUUUGUUAAUAGUAAGGUACAUUAUUCUUGGGUCAUUGCUCAUCAGACCAUUGCAACUGUUGUACAACGAAUGAGUGACAUUGGUAUACUGCAUCCGCAGCUACUCCUCAAGGUACCAGAGUCAUCUCCGUGGAUUCGUUGUUUGUUGUCGGGGAUCCAUCGGAACAACUUGGCCGUGGAUAACGACAAGAGGUAUGCAGUUGUGGUAGGAAGCCCUGUGGCAACCGUAAGAAGCUGUAUACUUAUUCCAGGGAGAUGUCAGCGACUUGCUCGC